GGUACACUGGGGGUGGGAGCAACCUGUACCAGCGUACUGAAUUUGGUCCAAAGUCGGGAAGCACUCGAAAGAAACCUAUGACAACACCUACCCCUAUCUUAUCUUAUCUGUUUGCGUUGUUCUUGUAUAUGUAUAAAGUCGCUCUAAUUCUCUCAUGCCUUCUCCAUUCUCACACCACUUCUCACGCCACCUUCUGAGCUUCUUUUCUUACUUCUCUUCUUUGCAUUCUUCCAUUCGCUCACUGCCGGCCAGUACCCCUGUUAAAUAUUCAAAUCUAUUUAUUUUUUUUAUCUCAGAUACACUCCACUUCGAUCAUCAUGCAUACUCCAUCCAUCAAUAUCUUGCUCGCUGUGGGCCUUCUCUUCUCUACCCCAUUCACAUCAGCUCUUACUAUUCCUUCGAUUGACAAGAAGUCUAUCGCUGGCACAGGCAUAGAAUCCAUUGAGACUCGUGAUAUUCCUGCUCUCAUCAAUCGUCACCACACCGAGGCCCAGAUCGCCGCUAAGGCGGGAAAGGCAAAAGGAAAAGGACAGCGCGAUGUUUUAGAGAGAGAGCCGCAUCACACUGAAGCACAGAUUGCAGCAAAGAAAGCAAAAGGUUCAAAGAAUCAACGUGAUGUAGAAGAGAGGGAACCUCAUCAUACCGAAGCACAAAUCGCAGCGAAGGAGGCGAAAGCCGGAAAGAAGAAUGGACGCGACGUUGAAACUAGACACCACACCGAAGCACAAAUUGCGGCGAAAAAAGGAAAGGCUUCCAAGAACCAACGUGAUAUAGAAGAGAGGGAACCUCAUCAUACUGAGGCACAGAUUGCUGCCAAGGAAGCGAAAGCCGGGAAAAAGAAUGGACGCGCCGUGGAACAACGUGAGGCUCAUCAUACUGAGGCCCAAAUCGCAGCGAAAAAAGGAAAAGCUUCUAAGAAUCAACGUGACGUAGAAGAGAGAGAACCUCACCAUACCGAAGCACAAAUCGCAGCGAAGGAGGCGAAAGCCGGAAAGAAGAAUGGACGCGACGUUGAAACUAGACACCACACCGAGGCGCAGAUUGCUGCUAAGGCAGCCAAAGCUGGUAAAUCCAAGGGACAAUAGAUUUGACUGGAUUGCUGUAAAUUGUUGGAACGUGUUGAAUGGUCGGAUGGUCGGGUAUCUGAGAGAAUAUAUUGUAUUUCAUUACAGAUAAAUGUGAAUGAGUGUUUGGGGAAGACGAGGUAUUAGCGUCGUUUUAUAAUCAUAGAGAAAUAUUCA